GCUCGAAUAAUCGUAUCUCCUCUACCCCAAAUUGUCCAUUUUCAUGCACAAUCUGUGCGUCAAUUAGGGAGAACUUAUGCCCGAACAAGUUUCAGUUUCGUCGCGGGCGAAGACACGCGUCUGCUACGCGAACCAUACAAUCGUUGUCGUGUUCGAAACUAUGGUAGUUUAAAAUUGGUCGAAUUUUUACGUCCGUGUUAACAAAAUUAUAAACCAACGAAGCCCCCUGUUGUCUAUAGAGUCCGUAGAGUCCGGGACGAGUCGCGCCAACACAGGAGAUCGAUAAAGCACGACGGGGGUGUUUCUUGUUCGUGUAGAAUUUUUAUGCCCACGAAGGCCCAAUACAUGUAAUCCAUCCACAAGUAGCAAUCGUGAAUGCGACGUUUCCUGGGCUGAACAUUACGAAAUGCUUUUGGAAUCGUGCCACAUUAUUUCGCCGCAUUGUUUCAACGGUGCACGCGAACUUGCCCGUACAAGCCCGGGUUACAUGCGCUUGGUAAAAAGUGGCGAGAUCGCGAAAAUACGUGUACUCGUGACACGGGCACGUGCGAUCAUUCACGGAAUCAGCACAGACGUUCCUCGUUAUCUCGAGUACCGGGGCGCCCUGCCCUCGUCGGCCGCGAAGAUUUCGUAACGUUCGGCCAAGCACCGCAGACAUUCGAAAAAAAUCAAUGUUUUCCAUUCGUAGCGGUAGACAGUUUAACAUCUCCGUGUACCAAAGUUAAGAUGAAUGUUCCGUAACGUUCGAUCUUUCUCUAGGACCCCUAGCUUUCUAUUCGUUCAUUUCUCAGACGCAUCAGCAUGCAACACAGAUCGCGCGAAACUCCUGUUUACGUUGCACUCGCAACCGCUCCUACGAACUUGCCCGUACCCACCCCCUGUUACUUAGAUAGUUCUCGGUUAGUUGCGUUACAAGAAACUGUAUUACUGUAUACACGUGUAAUAGAAUCGGUGUGCCGGUGUUUCAGUUCGAUGUGUUGUGAGUUUUGUUGCCGAUCCCCGGCGUUCGGCCGGGUCUAUCGAACGUUUACUGGGCCCGUGUACGCCUCCUCGUUUGUCGAGCGGACGAAUCGUUUGGCGGAUUAGAAUCGUAAUGAAAGUAAAGCGAGACAACGUGUACCACCGGAAGUAUACGUACAAAACGCCACGACAAUGUGUCUCGAUUAUUUUCCAUUCCGCAGGACACGCAAGAACGCGAUCCGAUAGUCAAUUAUCACCGAUAAUGUCAUUGAAAUGCGUCCGUUGCCAAACACAUCUCGUUAGGGUGCAUGGUACUUAAUGCUUCGUAAACGAGGCUCAAAGUAUAAGCUCGAAGACAUGGGCUGGAUAUCAAAAGGAAAGACAAAAAGAAGAAAAGAAAAAACGAGAGUGAGAGAGAGUGAGAGAGAGAGGGAGAGAGAGAGACAACUACCGGUGUAGCUGAUUCGAGUGCCUGUACUUUUUGCAAAUAUAUGCAUUCCAUAUUUUUCUGGUCCCAUGCGACUCUUUUCGGAAAAGGAAAAAAAUCAUUCGCCACGGUAUCUUCUAGCUUAUGCUUCCCUCCAACGACGGCCGCGUGUCGCACGAGCGACACGUUGCCGCCCGCGAUAUGCGUUAAGAUGCGGUAUUAUAUGGAAUACAAUGUCGACAAAAACAAAGGAAAACAGGAAAAAAAAACAGAAAAAAAACAGAAAAAGAAAAUAAACCGCGUCUCAUUCCAGUAGAUUUUCAUAUCACAAAAUGCAGUAUUUUUUCAACGAAUAAGCCUUCGGAUAGAGGACCCACGCUAAUUUUUCUAUGUUAAGUAUUAGACGAUGUAUCGAUAUAUUAUAUGUACGUGUACACGUAUAUCUUCACACGAUCGAUAAGUUUUCCUAAAUGAAUAUUAUACGAUUUCAAUAUAAACGGUGGAAAUUUUAAUCUUGACUCGCUGUACUUUAAUUUCGUGCUACAAAUAGAUAAGGAUCGAAUUGUUCGCAGAUUCGAACGAUGUCCGAGGCACAAAAUCUCAAAAUUCACGGUGGGGGAGGAUAGAAAUUCGUAUCCGGCGGUUACAAUCUCGAGCUCGGAACACGAGUUCCUUUCGUGGGGAUUUAAUUCUAGGGGAUAUUUUCGGAACGCCAGGACAAACCGUAUGGUUGGCAAGCCGCAGAAACAAGAGCGUCUCCCUACUCCCUGCACACCACCGUGAAACGUGGCCUCGUCGUGCGUUUCUUCCCGCCAAAACAUCGGUCGAACGCGACGAUACAUGACAGUCGGCGGGUACGAUCCUUUCGAGACAGUUCUGCGAUCUACUCGUCCGAUGCACCGAAGAACGUUCAAAUAGUAUCCGUCUGUACGAUAACACAGCCCGACCGGCAGAUAUCAUUCUUAGUAAACAUGGAUCAAGAUAAUUGUUCGGUGACGUGCUCGGUGACAAUAGAGCGGACCAACUCGCAGGGUUCUUUGCUGAAGAAAGUGAAUCAUCGAUCGGCGACUCUACGCUUGAUCCGAAACAAUUUUCGCGAGAUGCUGAUCGACGUGCAAGCGGAAAAGGGAAACACGACGGCGAGGCUGCCGCUGAAAUCCAUCUCUGUUUUUAAUAAAUUUAUGACCGAAGGGAAAGCUUCGAUCAAAUUCAAAGAGGACAACUGCACCAUGUUUUUAUCGAACGCGCCGACCGCGCAGUUGAUCACGUUUCUGAAAACGAUCUACGUGAAGAUCACGAACCAGUCGGAAAAAGAAACGGUGAAAAAUCCGUUGAAGGAGAGAUUGCUUUCUAACAAACCGUGCGGAGGCGUUCAGGACGUCAGCCCUGCGACGUCCGCCGAGGUGAACAGGGCCAAAGAGAAGGCCAUCGGCGUGUCGCGAGCGACGAUCACCACCCCGUCGCCCAGCAACGUGAGGAAGAGGAGACGCACCGAUGAAAAUGCCCCGAAACUCGCCCAGGCGAAAAAGCUCUACGAGAAUCCAACGACCGGCACGAUCACGGAAGAACAGAGCAGAAUUUUGGACGCGGUGCUCGCUGGUAAAAAUAUAUUUUUCACCGGCAGCGCGGGAACCGGAAAGUCGUUUCUCUUGAAGAAAAUUAUAGCGACCCUGCCACCAGACGUUACGAUGGCCACGGCGAGUACCGGAGUCGCUGCUUGCCACAUCGGUGGAAUUACUUUGCAUCAAUUCGCCGGGAUUGGUCUGGGCACCGCGAAUUUGGACAGAUGUUACCAGAUGGCUGCCAAAAAUUGCGUUGGUUCAUGGAGGAAAACCAAGCAUUUAAUCAUCGACGAGAUCUCUAUGGUGCACGCGGAUUAUUUUGAUAAGAUAGAGGCUGUUGCUAGGUUCAUUCGAAGAAACGAACGGCCAUUCGGCGGAAUGCAAUUAAUUUUGUGCGGGGACUUCUUCCAGUUGCCGCCCAUCGGCCCGAGGGAGAAGCAAGUCAAGUUUUGCUUUCAAAGUAGCGCGUGGGAAAGAUGUGUGCACUUCAAUUACGAAUUGAAAACCGUCCAUAGACAAAGCGAACCCGAGUUUGUCAAUAUUUUGAAUAGCAUAAGAAUAGGUAGAGUGACGGACAGCAUGGCAGAAACCCUUAAAGCGACAGCUAAACAAAAGAUAGAGGCCAACGGAAUUUUGGCAACCAGACUAUGUUCUCAUGUGAAGGAAGCGGAAGAAAUUAACGAAUUCCAAUUAAACAGGCUGAAAGGUGAGUCUAAAACGUACGUGGCUCAGGACAGUGAUCCCUCCAUGACGCAGACAUUAGAUAAACAGUUGACUGUUCCUGGAAAGCUUGUAUUGAAAGUAGGGGCUCAAGUAAUGCUUUUGAAAAAUAUCAAUGUAUCGGGUGGCCUGGUAAAUGGAGCAAGAGGCGUGGUCGUUAAUUUUCAGAAUGGUGCACCGGUAGUUCAGUUUAAAUCCGGUAGUCCGUAUCACGUGAAACUACAGAUAUGGAAUUUAAAAACUACAUCGGGUUCCAUUGUUCAUAGAAAACAAAUUCCGCUGAACUUAGCAUGGGCCUUUUCCAUUCACAAAAGUCAAGGAUUAACUUUGGACUGCGUCGAAAUGUGUCUGACAAGAGUUUUUGAUGCUGGGCAAUCCUAUGUAGCAUUGUCUAGGGCACAAAGUUUACAAUCCCUGAGGAUCUUAGAAUUUAAUAGCCAACAAGUAUGGGCCGAUUCGGACGUGCUCGUGUUCUACAAAAGAUUCCGACGAAAUUUGCAAGAAAUGGAAAUGAUUCCUUUAGGAAAAAAACAGAAGAUCUGGUAGCAUUAAGUUCGUAACCUCGAGCGUUGUAUUGUGGAAAGUAUUAUUUUUUGUCGACGUAUAGAAUUAAAUUACAGAAACUAGACUUUAUAAGAUGAUCUCAGUGUAAAUUUUUUUAGCAAGCGAUUCGCGUAGCGACGACUAAAUACAAAUUUCUUAUUGUAAAUGACCCUUUAAAAAAUUAAAAAUAUUCUUCAGUUUCAUCGUUAUCAAUUACUGUAACAUAUUCUACACGGUUAAUUAUAACAAGGCAUAGGUACAUUUA